AGGGCGGCAUAAGCUAACGACCCACAGUCACACUAGGUCGCCGACGCAGGCUCGUCAAAUGUGCCCAUACCAUAUAGUCAUGUGAAAAGCACACAUCACUAACUACCUAAAUAUACAUAUAUUUUUCUAGUCAUAGUUUUACAAAAAUCGAUUCGAAUAAUUUAAUCCAGAAUUGACUAAAUCGUGUCCUGAUAUAAAUUAUACUUGUCGACUGAACUGUAAUUGAUUAACUUUAUUUUUUUUGUGGGUUUUGACUUCGUUUUGUUUUCGUUUCGUUCGUGUCGUGAUCAAAAGCAUUAUAAAAUUCUCUUGGAGGAAACAAACGAAGAAUAGUUGAAGACGAAAAAAUUCUCGGAUAGAACUGAAGAACUGUUUAUAAAUCUCGAAAAAUAUGUUCGGUACAGAAUUCGAAAACUAUUGUGAUUUCAACGAUAGUAUCUGCAGCAACGAUUCCGGCUUCGAUAGAUCUUACAAUGACUCUACAACUACUCCAGUUUCCAACAACAGUACACACACAAAACUUGACAUAUCCGACUUAGGUGUUUCACUUACACCAGUCAAAGAAACAAAUGUAAGACGAAAACUGUUCAAUGACUUCGACUUCACGAGUCCAAUCGACGACUUAGGUGCCUUUGAGGAAAACAUCAAAUCAUCUGUAACAUCCACACCAAAGAAAGAGAGAAAAUUGAAAGAUCCAAACAAGCCCAAAAGGAAAUACGCAAACGGAAAGAACAGAGUGACAAGAUGCAAGAGUCCAACACAAAUUUUAAGAAUAAAAAGGAAUAGGCGGAUGAAAGCGAACGACAGAGAAAGAAACAGAAUGCACAUGCUCAAUGAGGCUUUAGAUAGACUGAGAUGUGUGCUGCCGACAUUUCCCGAGGACACGAAACUUACUAAAAUAGAGACACUCAGAUUUGCUCACAAUUACAUAUUUGCUCUAAGUCAAACAUUAGAAUCACUGAACAAUAUCAACUCCGAUCAAACACAAGUAGCAAAUCCAGCAUUGAACUGUGAUAAACUACAAAGUUAUCAAUUUAACGGAGACAAAGUUACUAAAGAUGCGUUUAGAGAAAUAUUUUUAGUUCCUAAUAAAUCGGAAGGUGUUGGUGAUGGAAGCUAUCGAAAUUUUCAAGGAUACAGCAAACCUUUUCCAAAUGGUUCUAAUUUCAUGCAAACUCCAGAAGGUGUUCUGAUUAACGUUGGCAACGUUACGGUGUCGGUAAAUAAUAAGGGUGGUAAUUGUAUAACUUCAACAACGGGCAGUGGAUUCUUCACGCACCCAGCUAGCUUCGGUGACGACCUUACCCAACAGAACUUCUACCACCAAAGAAAUUAUAGCCAAAAUAACGGAUAUAACGAACAUUUUUACCAUCCACCGAACAAUCAAGAAGAGUACUUUAACCAUAAGAAUUACGAAACGUUCAAGAACGCAUUUGACACUGCGAAAAACCAAAAACGAAUAAAAAUAGAGGAUUAUGGAUCCAAUCACGAGAAACAUGCAACAUCUGUCUACGGAUAUAACGACAUUAACUGUUAUAAUAGCGAUAAUAAUGAUUAUUUACAAAACACAUAUUAUUAUAACGAUCAGAGAUGUUAUAGAAAUUUUUAUAAUCGAACUAACAUGCCUGUUGUUAAUGCUCAAAUAUAAAAAUUAUUCUAGUCAUUUUAUAACAACAGCGCUUUAAGCAAAUACUGAAUAAGAGGUUGUAACUUAAACGGACCAAAGAGACAAUAAGAUUUUAUUUUUUAUAUACGUAAUAAAGUAAUUUAAGUUGAAUUGUAAACAGUCUAAAUCUAGUCAUUGUAUUUGUAAAAUAAAUAUAUUUUUACAUUUUGAAUAUAA